AUGGGAAUACCUUACGAAACUCUCGUUAUGCUAAAUACCAUUUACUUAAGAGGUUAUGUGUUUACUGGAUAUUACUUUAUGCUGCUCACCCAGAAGAUAGUAUUAGAAGGAAACUUAAGAUUUACACAAUCCAUAAAGGCUUUUAGAACUUACAAACGCAGAUCAAGAAAGAAACACCAACGGGGUGCACGUCAAGCAAGAUUUGUAUAA